GGCGCCCGAAAAGCAACGUUCCAUUUCAAUCAAGAACACCGCGCCGCAUCGGGGUGUGCUUCAAACUCCGCUCGGUUCGAACGCGUCGCUUGUUAUAAAGCGCGACGCGUCUGCUCGUAGGGGCAUUUAACGCGGUUUCUGGCUUCUCUCUGUCUUCUUCUUCUACUUCGUGCAAGUAUGGCGCCUGUCUCAACCGUCUCCAAACCACCCGCUUCAAAAGCUCCCAAAGCUCCCGUGUCGUCGUUGGCAAAGCGGGGAUUAUCUAGGAAGGCACCCUCCGGGGGGGAUACAGAUGGGAUGAAGAAGAAGCGCAAGAAGGUCAGGAAGGAAACGUACAGCAGUUAUAUUUACAAGGUGCUGAGGCAGGUCCACCCAGAUACUGGUAUAUCGAACAAGGGAAUGGGCGUCUUGAAUUCAUUCGUAAACGACCUGUUCAAAAGGAUCGCGACAGAAGCGAGCAAACUUGCCUCUUACACAAAGAAAUCUACUAUCUCCUCGCGCGAGAUUCAGACGGCGGUGAGGCUCAUUCUUCCUGGAGAGCUUGCGAAGCAUGCGAUUAGUGAGGGAACGAAGAGUGUUACGAAAUUCUCGGCUGCCAGGUGAGACGGUAUGAAGAGAGCCAGGUCGGUCGGUCGCGCAUGAAGCAUUGUAUAUGAAGAUGGAUAGCGGAUCACCAUCUAUUAGACAUGUAGCAUAGUUCAUCUCGUAGAUAUUAUACAUACCAAUCGAGUAGUAGUAGCAGCAGCAGUUUACCCGUACCAAUGCAUAAUUGUUUCCACGAAGCUAGAAAC